AAGCCAACUCCAGCAGGCACUGCUCACUCCUCCCCAUCCUCUCCCUCUGUCCCUCUGUCCCUCUGACCCUGCACUGUCCCAGCACCAUGGGACCCACCUCAGGUCCCAGCCUGCUGCUCCUGCUACUAAUCCACCUCCCCCUGGCUCUGGGGACUCCCAUGUACUCUAUGAUCACCCCCAACGUCUUGCGGCUGGAGAGUGAGGAGACCGUGGUGCUGGAGGCCCACGACGCGAAAGGGGAUGUUCCGGUCACUGUCACUGUCCACGACUUCCCAGGCAAAAAACUGGUGCUGUCCAGUGAGAAGACCGUGCUGACCCCUGCCACCAGUCACAUGGGCAGCGUCACCAUCAGGAUCCCAGCCAACAAGGAGUUCAAGUCAGAAAAGGGGCACAACAAGUUCGUGACCGUGCAGGCCACCUUCGGGGCCCAAGUAGUGGAGAAGGUGGUACUGGUCAGCCUUCAGAGCGGGUACCUCUUCAUCCAGACAGACAAGACCAUCUACACCCCUGGCUCCACAGUUCUCUGUCGGAUCUUCACCGUCAACCACAAGCUGCUACCCGUGGGCCGGACGGUCGUGGUCAACAUUGAGGUACCAGCCAGAGGGGGCCCCUGGGGCAGCAGGGGCACAGGCUCAGGAGAGGCAAACCCUCCUUGUCUGCCCCGUAGGUUCCUCUAUGGAAAGAAAGUGGAGGGAACUGCCUUUGUCAUCUUCGGGAUCCAGGAUGGCGAGCAGAGGAUUUCCCUGCCUGAAUCCCUCAAGCGCAUCCAGAUUGAGGAUGGCUCAGGGGACGCCGUGCUGAGCCGGAAAGUACUGCUGGACGGGGUGCAGAACCCCCGACCGGAAGACCUGGUGGGGAAGUCUUUGUACGUGUCUGUCACCGUUAUCCUGCACUCAGGCAGUGACAUGGUGCAGGCGGAGCGCAGCGGGAUCCCCAUCGUGACCUCUCCCUACCAGAUCCACUUCACCAAGACGCCCAAGUACUUCAAACCAGGAAUGCCCUUUGACCUCAUGGUGUUCGUGACGAACCCCGAUGGCUCUCCAGCCUACCGAGUCCCCGUGGCAGUCCAGGGCGAGGACGCUGUGCAGUCUCUAACCCAGGGAGACGGCGUGGCCAAACUCAGCAUCAACACACACCCCAGCCAGAAGCCCUUGAGCAUCACGGUGCGCACGAAGAAACGGGAGCUCUCGGAGGCAGAGCAGGCUACCAGGACCAUGGAGGCUCAGCCCUACAGCACCGUGGGCAACUCCAACAAUUACCUGCAUCUCUCAGUGCCACGUGCAGAGCUCAGACCUGGGGAGACCCUCAACGUCAACUUCCUCCUGCGAAUGGACCGCGCCCACGAGGCCAAGAUCCGCUACUACACCUACCUGAUUAUGAACAAAGGCAAGCUGUUGAAGGUGGGACGCCAGGUGCGAGAGCCCGGCCAGGACCUGGUGGUGCUGCCCCUGUCCAUCACCACCGACUUCAUCCCUUCCUUCCGCCUGGUGGCCUACUACACGCUGAUCGGCGCCAACGGCCAGAGGGAAGUGGUGGCCGACUCCGUGUGGGUAGACGUCAAGGACUCUUGCGUGGGCUCAAUCUGGGACGUGGUGGAGAAGGCAGACAUCGGCUGCACCCCAGGCAGUGGGAAGGAUUACGCUGGUGUCUUCUCGGAUGCAGGCCUGACCUUUGCGAGCAGCAGUGGCCAGCAGACCGCCCAGAGGGCAGAACUUCAGUGCCCACAGCCAGCCGUCCGCCGACGCCGUUCCGUGCAGCUCGCGGAGAAGAGAAUGGACAAAAUUGGCCAGUACCCCAAGGAGCUGCGCAAGUGCUGCGAGCACGGCAUGCGGGAGAACCCCAUGAAGUUCUCGUGCCAGCGCCGGACCCGUUACAUCACCCUGAACGAGGCGUGCAAGAAGGUCUUCCUGGACUGCUGCACCUACAUCACCGAGCUGCGGCGGCAGCACGCGCGGGCCAGUCACCUGGGCCUGGCCAGGAGUAACCUGGAUGAGGACAUCAUCGCAGAAGAGAACAUCGUUUCCCGAAGUGAGUUCCCAGAGAGUUGGCUGUGGAAGAUUGAAGAGUUGAAAGAGGCACCGAAAAACGGAAUCUCCACGAAGCUCAUGAAUAUAUUUUUGAAAGACUCCAUCACCACGUGGGAGAUUCUGGCCGUGAGCUUGUCAGACAAGAAAGGGAUCUGUGUGGCAGACCCCUUCGAGGUCACAGUAAUGCAGGACUUCUUCAUCGACCUGCGGCUACCCUACUCUGUUGUUCGAAAUGAGCAGGUGGAAAUCCGAGCUGUUCUCUACAAUUACCGGCAGAACCAAGAGCUCAAGGUGAGGGUGGAACUACUCCACAAUCCAGCCUUCUGCAGCCUGGCCACCGCCAAGAGGCGUCACCAGCAGACCGUAACCAUCCCCCCCAAGUCCUCGCUGUCCGUUCCUUAUGUCAUCGUGCCCCUAAAGACCGGCCUGCAGGAAGUGGAAGUCAAGGCUGCCGUCUACCAUUUUUUCAUCAGUGACGGUGUCAGGAAGUCCCUGAAGGUCGUGCCGGAAGGAAUCAGAAUGAACAAAACUGUGGCUGUUCGCACGCUGGAUCCAGAACGCCUAGGCCAGGAUGGAGUGCAGAGAGAGGACGUCCCACCUGCAGACCUCAGUGACCAAGUCCCGGACACCGAGUCUGAGACCAGAAUUCUCCUGCAAGGGACCCCGGUGGCCCAGAUGACAGAGGAUGCCAUCGAUGCAGAACGGCUGAAGCACCUCAUCGUGACCCCCUCGGGCUGCGGAGAACAGAACAUGAUCACCAUGACGCCCACAGUCAUCGCUGUGCAUUACCUGGAUGAAACGGAACAGUGGGAGAAGUUCGGCCCGGAGAAGCGGCAGGGGGCCUUGGAGCUCAUCAAGAAGGGGUACACCCAGCAGCUGGCCUUCAGACAACCCAGCUCUGCCUUUGCGGCCUUCCUGAACCGGGCACCCAGCACCUGGCUGACCGCCUACGUGGUCAAGGUCUUCUCUCUGGCUGUCAACCUCAUUGCCAUCGACUCCCAGGUCCUCUGCGGGGCUGUUAAAUGGCUGAUCCUGGAGAAGCAGAAGCCCGACGGGGUCUUCCAGGAGGAUGCGCCCGUGAUACAUCAAGAAAUGACUGGUGGAUUCCGGAACACCAACGAGAAAGACAUGGCCCUCACGGCCUUUGUUCUCAUCUCGCUGCAAGAGGCUAAAGAGAUUUGUGAGGAGCAGGUCAACAGCCUGCCAGGCAGCAUCACUAAAGCAGGAGACUUCCUUGAAGCCAACUACAUGAACCUGCAGAGAUCCUACACUGUGGCCAUUGCUGCCUAUGCCCUGGCCCAGAUGGGCAGGCUGAAGGGACCUCUUCUCAACAAAUUUCUGACCACAGCCAAAGAUAAGAACCGCUGGGAGGAGCCUGGUCAGCAGCUCUACAAUGUGGAGGCCACAUCCUAUGCCCUCUUGGCCCUACUGCAGCUAAAAGACUUUGACUUUGUGCCUCCCGUCGUGCGUUGGCUCAAUGAACAGAGAUACUACGGUGGUGGCUAUGGCUCUACCCAGGCCACCUUCAUGGUGUUCCAAGCCUUGGCUCAAUACCAAAAGGAUGUCCCUGACCACAAGGAACUGAACCUGGAUGUGUCCCUCCAACUGCCCAGUCGCAGCUCCAAGAUCAUCCACCGUAUCCACUGGGAAUCUGCCAGCCUCCUGCGAUCAGAAGAGACCAAGGAAAAUGAGGGUUUCACAGUCACAGCUGAAGGAAAAGGCCAAGGCACCUUGUCGGUAGUGACAAUGUACCAUGCUAAGGCCAAAGGUCAACUCACCUGUAAUAAAUUCGACCUCAAGGUCACCAUAAAACCAGCACCGGAAACAGAAAAGAGGCCUCAGGAUGCCAAGAACACUAUGAUCCUUGAGAUCUGUACCAGGUACCGGGGAGACCAGGAUGCCACUAUGUCUAUACUGGACAUAUCCAUGAUGACUGGCUUCGUUCCAGACACAGAAGACCUCAAGCAGCUGGCAAACGGCGUUGACAGAUACAUCUCCAAGUAUGAGCUGGACAAAGCCUUCUCCGAUAGGAACACCCUCAUCAUCUACCUGGACAAGGUCUCACACUCUGAGGAUGACUGUAUAGCUUUCAAAGUUCACCAAUAUUUUAAUGUAGAGCUUAUCCAGCCUGGUGCAGUCAAGGUCUACGCCUAUUACAACCUGGCGGAAAGCUGUACCCGGUUCUACCACCCGGAAAAGGAGGAUGGAAAGCUGAACAAGCUCUGUCGUGAUGAGCUGUGCCGCUGUGCUGAGGAGAAUUGCUUCAUACAAAAGUUGGAUGACAAAGUCACCCUGGAAGAACGGCUGGACAAGGCCUGUGAGCCAGGAGUGGACUAUGUGUACAAGACCCGACUGGUCAAGGCCCAGCUGUCCAAUGACUUUGACGAGUACCUCAUGGCCAUUGAGCAGAUCAUCAAGUCAGGCUCAGAUGAGGUGCAGGUUGGACAACAGCGCACGUUCAUCAGCCCCAUCAAGUGCAGGGAAGCCCUGAAGCUGGAGGAGAGGAAACACUACCUCAUGUGGGGUCUCUCCUCCGAUUUCUGGGGAGAGAAACCCAACCUCAGCUACAUCAUCGGGAAGGACACCUGGGUGGAGCACUGGCCCGAGGAGGACGAAUGCCAAGAUGAAGAGAACCAGAAACAAUGCCAGGACCUCGGCGCCUUCACUGAGAACAUGGUUGUCUUUGGGUGCCCCAACUGACCACACCCCCCUUCCCCCACUCCCAAUAAAGCUUCAGUUACAUUUC